AUGAACCAGUCAAGGAAGAACAUAGACAGCAUCACGGCUGCUCAAAAACACCUGCAGGCUGCAUCAAAUCUGCUGCUUUCGACAUCACCGCAUGCGUCGGCUUUCCUGGCUUCACAGCUUCAACAAACGAAAUCACCAUCAUCAUCGCAUUCGAACACCGUCCCGGACAACUGUCGCGCAUGUGGAAAUGCUCUGGUACCUGGCUGGUCUUGUACCAUAUCUAAACGACGACUUCCUGAAUCCUCGUCCAAGAAGAACAAGACCAAGUCGAGGGUCGCAAAGAAGUCCGCCAUAGCUCAAUCUACAUACGUCGACUACAAGUGUACCCUUUGCAACAGUGUCAACACAAUCAAGUCGGAUACACAACCACCAGCCAGACGCAGCAAAUCGAAAAAGUCAUUGCCAGAAAGCAAGCCGAAUCUUGCUCCUCCUCCAGUGCAGACCAUGACCAAGCCGGCCACAGCAACAACAAGUAUACCAAGUCCUGUUCCUUCUACUGCAGUUACUUCGUCCUCGGAACAAGCUCGUGGCGCUACAGACAAGAAGCGAAAUCGCAAGCAGAAACUCGGAGGUUUGCAAGCUAUGCUGGCAAAAUCAAAGGCUCCAUCUACCACACCCAAAGGGUUUGACUUUAUGGACUUUAUGAAGACGACUUGA